UGCUAAAAAAGAAUUGUGAUGUGAAUAAAAAUAAAUAAGAGCUCAUUGUUUUUAGAAAUAAAUUAAAAUCGAGGACCUUGAAAUCGAGACUGUUUUGAAAGUGACAGGUGACACGUAACCAUAGCAACCACUUCAAACAAACUAGCAACUUGCACCUGCACCACCGUCUCUAUAACUCUGUAUGCAAUAUUCAAUAAGUACUGCACGUUAGUUAUUCUGUUUGACUUUUUAAAACUGUUUUUGAUUAUUUAUAGAGUUUUAAGAAGGUCGAUAAAAAUAACAAACGAUAGUUCAAAGCUCAAAAUAUUACCGACCAUAGUAUUUUGGUUUUACUUAUUAGUACACCAUAUUGUAUAGGAGAGCUCCUUAAUCCUAAAUAUCCAUUAGUACUGUGAAAUGUAAUCCUCAUUUAAAAUCAUCAAUUGAUGGCUGAAUUGUAUAUUAUUGGACAAGUAGUUGGUGCAAGCAAGUUUCCCAGCAAAAGUUUAUUUUGCAAAUGGAGUUUACACACAGGCGGAGGUUGGAAACUUAUAUCUGGUCUUAAGGAAGGACAAACGCAAGUUGAUAACCCGGUCUAUGACGAAGUAACUCAUUGGAGUCAUCCUAUCGACGUUCAUUACUCAACCAAAGGAGUUCAGGGUUGGCCGAAAAUCCAUGUGCAAGUCUACCAUUACGAUCAAUUUGGGAGGAGUGAGCUGUAUGGCUAUGGAUUUUGCUUUGUACCAACAACACCGGGCUCUCAUUCCAUAGAAUGCAGCACCUGGAGGCUAGUUGGAAGUUGGAGAGACGAGUUCAUGCAAUAUUUUCUGGGUGGAGGACCUCAGCUACGUGCUCCAGAUGUUAUCUACUCAGGAAAUGAUCGUUAUAGACUUCAAACGCAAACAAUGGGCUCUGUUCAUUUCCAGUUGGGCAUCAUAUUGAGAAACUUUCAUAAGUUUGGCAUAGAAACGUGAAUAUAAAAAUGAAGGUUCCAAUAUUAACACUUUUUGUGUGCUGUAUAGAUUUUAUCGUAUGUUCAACGGAUUUCAGUGAUACGGAACCAACAGUUCUGGAUUCUUUGAAUGAGACAACAGGUAUUUAUGAUUCAACAGAGGAUGAAACUCAAACUUGUGACAACGUUACUUGUUCCACGUCUGGUUUGAACAAUUCCGACUACAAUUCAUCCACUUCAGUGGCCCCUGAAACUACAAUCGCUUCUCUAGAAUAUGAUAAGCCAGAGAGCUCUACUCAAUCAGGGAAAAAUAAAGAAGAAAAUGGAAAAGGUUUGCCCGAUUCGACACUUACUACCACAGAAGCUACUACAAGUACCUCAACCAUAACGACAACCACUACCACACCUCCAGUAACUGAACUUCCGUCAUCUAGCCGUCACCCAGACCAAGUGUGCUCAUGUGAUAUGAAGGCGAGCGAAUGUGACAUUAACUGUUGUUGUGAUUCUGAUUGCACUGCUCUAGACAAAAAUGUAUUUUCUCACUGCCUAUCGGAUAAGGACAAUUUUCCAGAAGAUCCAAAUCAUUGUUUCAAGACAAAUUUCAUUUACAGGAAUAACACUCCUCUCACUAUAUUCAAACAUCACACCAAAGGUUUAUUUUGUAUUGCUAAGGAUAACUUACCUGAAAGGUAUCAGUACAUCGACCUUUCUCCAAUCAAUACUUCCAAACAGUUUCAUAAGUUACUGAAGAGGAGAAGAAAGAAACUCUUUUCUUGGCCCUCAAAUUUCAAAUCAAUCAAACCUGAUGCAUUUCCGUCGAAUUCAAAUUACAAGACUGGUAGUAAAAUUUGGAUUUCUGAUAAUAGCUCAAAUAUGAGACCUUUCACAUUACAAAAGUCAGCGGGAUUUUUACUAUGUGAUGGCGAAGCUGAUAUGCAGUACCUCCAUGAUUGGAAGAGCAAAUGUCUCAGGAAUGCCCCUUUCAACUAUUCAGAUUGUGAAUCUCAUUCAAGUUUUCUUGACAUGACAAGUUUCUACGAAAACAUCACCCUAGUUCCUAAUCCGUCAGCAAUGAAUUCUUCUCAACUGGAAUGUUCAGACGAAUUUUGUUUGAGAUUUGAUGCUUUAGUUUGUGAUGAGAAUAUGAACCAAUGUGUGAAUGAUAUUAGGAAACCUAAAUUCGAUGUGAAUUCAAAUACCUGUAUGAAUGUUGUUGAGAAAGCUCUCUAUAUAAUUCAUCACAAUGGAACUCAAGGAAUAAUACUGGCAGAAGUGCAUUUCCACUUGAUUAAUAUUUCAGUUUCAAAGGAGAGCUUGUUCAGACAAGCGACUGAAAUCAAUUUUCGAUGGGUUUCAAAUAAUGACACGAGUAGUAUUCUCAAGAGAAGUGGCAAACCAGGCUAUUUGGAAGGGAAGCCAAUAAUUUCAGCACAGAAAGUGACUGAAACAGUCGAUAGUCAAGAUGAAAAAUUGAUGGCUUUGAGUAACAAUCCACAAAAUUGGUUGACUAUUGCUGCAGCUGGAUAUGAUGGUGAAUGUAUAAGUAGUCGGUUGAAUGUAAAUUUCAGACAAAAUAUGCACUCAGAAUGCAAGCUGAUUGUACCUUGCGACUGCGCUGCUGCUAGAAAUAAAUCUUGGUAUGCAAUUCUAGGAAUGUAUUCUGAAAAUGUAACUAACAUCCACAAAAUCAAUCUUCACAUAUCAAGCUAUGGAGAUCCAAAUGCCACAAAUUUAAACAGUUGGGUGCCAGUUGUUGUAGAAACUCAAUCCAACCCUAACCGACAUAAAUUUGCAUGCCAGAAUAUCUAUUCAGCUGUAAGCUUCAGAAUAAUUUACUCGAAAUUUGGUACUUUCAAAAGACCACAAUCUAAAAUAAUUGGUAUUUUUAUCAAUAUUUUCGAGUCUGAUAAAUCAAUAAUUGAAGUGAAGGAUCAAAUUGAUGUAAUAAGAAUAAUCAGCUCUAUUUCAUUUGUUGAUGCUAGUAAAACAGCAAUUACUAGAUUUGCUGACCCACCAGUCUAUGAAAUUAAAUUGCCAACUGACUUUUUCUAUCCAUUUUUGUCAUCAGGGCAUAGGCAGUGUCCAUCUAUCAGUGUGAUUCUAGUAUUAUUCACAAUAUUAAUUUAUUCAAAUAUAUAAGAAACAUAAUUGAAGUCAUGCGAACUGAAAAAUCUCAAUAUACAGCAUAUCCCUGAAGUAAUUUCCUCAUUUUUACAAAAAUUUUUGAUUAUUAUGGCACCUGCACCGGAAACACGAUUGUGCCUCACCAGUUAAGUUAAUUCGUUAAUGAUUUCGAAUGUACAAAUAUUUCAGCGAUUUCUAUUCCUUGCUUCUUUCUUGUAUUGUAAUUGAUGUGGUUCUCAUGGUUUAGGCAUAAAUAUCUUCAUUGAAAAGGGUAGUACGGUAUGUUAUAUUUAACGUUAACUUUGAUGUGUGAUAAUUUUGUAACAAGUAAAUAUGUUAUACUUAACGUUAACUUUGAUGUGUGAUAAUUUUGUAACAAGUAAAUACGAUUCUUUCCAUCUAAA